AUGUUCAAGUUCAUCAGCCUCGCGCUGGUAUGUAGUGCGUUGGUCUACGCCGCCGAAGUCGAAGAAGAGGAGCACGUUUUGGUAUUGACUAAGGUAAGUACGGUGAUGAAUCAUUCAAGUAUUUUUUGUUUAUAAUGUCUUUCAGUUUAAAAAAAAAGAAUUUUGGUUUUUGAAAGAGAGAAUUUUGUUUUUAGUAUAUUUUCUGAAGAUACUUGAAUAAUUCUAUUAUUUUUUGAUAUUCAUUGUUUUACUUUUAGGACAACUUCAAAGAGGUCUUGGAGAAGCACGCCAACAUUCUGGUAGAGUUCUACGCCCCAUGGUGCGGUCACUGCAAAUCUCUUGCCCCAGAAUACGCCAAGGCUGCCACUCAAUUAGCCGAAGAGGGAUCUGAAGUCAAGCUAGGAAAAGUCGACGCCACCGUCCACAACGAGUUGGCCACUGCUCACGAAGUCCGCGGAUACCCAACCUUGAAGUUGUUCCGCAACGGAAAGCCACAAGAAUACACUGGCGGACGUGACCAAGCCUCAAUCGUCAACUGGUUGAAGAAGAAGACUGGACCACCAGCCAAGGAACUCAAGUCUGUUGAAGAACUCAACGCCUUCAAGGAAGAGGCCGAAGUCAGCGUGGUUGCCUACUACAAGGACGCCGAAGCCGCUAAAGCUUUCUUGGAUGUUGCCGCCUCUUUGGAUGAUGUUCCAUUCGCCGUUACUUAUGACGAGGAAGUUGCCAAGAACGGUUUGGAAUUGAAGAAGGAAGGACUUAUCUUGUUCAAGAAGUUCGACGAAGGCCGCAACGACUUCGAAGAGAAGGUUGAAGAGAGCGGUGCCAACCUCAAGUCCUGGAUCCAAUCUAACAGACUUCCAUUGGUCUCUGAGUUCACUCAAGAAACCGCUUCAGUCAUCUUCGGAGGAGAAAUCAAGUCCCACAACUUGUUGUUCAUCUCCAAGGAAUCUGCCGACUUCGAGAAGAUUGAGAGUGAAUUCAAGAAUGCCGCCAAGGACUACAAGGGCAAGGUUCUGUUCGUCUACAUCAACACUGACAUUGAAGACAACGCUAGAAUCAUGGAAUUCUUCGGAUUGAAGGGAGAUGACCUUCCAGCCAUCCGUCUGAUCUCUUUGGAGGAAGACAUGACCAAGUACAAGCCAGACUUUGCUGAUAUCACCACCGAAAACAUCGUCAAGUUUACUCAAACUUACCUCGAUGGAUCCCUGAAGCCUCACUUGAUGUCCGAAGACAUCCCAGAAGACUGGGACAAGCAACCCGUGAAGGUUUUGGUCGGAAAGAACUUCGAAGAGGUCGCCCGUGACAAGUCAAAGAACGUGUUGGUCGAGUUCUACGCUCCAUGGUGCGGACACUGCAAACAAUUGGCCCCAACCUGGGACAAGCUCGGAGAGAAGUACAAGGACCACGAGAACAUUGUCAUCGCCAAGAUGGACUCUACAGCCAACGAACUCGCUGACGUCAAGGUCCAAUCCUUCCCCACCAUCAAGUUCUUCCCAGCCAACUCCAACAAGGUCGUCGACUACACUGGCGAGAGAACCUUGGAAGGCUUCAGCAAGUUCCUCGAGACCGGCGGCAAAGACGGUGCUGGCCCAUCCGACUCCGACAAGGCCGAAGAAGAAGCUGACGAAGGACACACCGAACUUUAA